AUGAGAAAGGCUUCGCGCCAUACAUCAUGGUUUUCUGUUAACCGACUAAACAGGGCUUGGAUGUUUAUAAACUUUUCUCACCCUCUCCGAGGAGGCAAUAAAACAACUCAAGUCUGAAGCUUGUUACUGCAUAGUGAGAAAAGUUUAGUACUACACAUUCAUACGCCAUGGAUAUCGGUACAUGCAGUCUACCAGAUCGACAUCUACGAUCAGUGAGGACGCUUACUCAACAAGCCCUAAUGCUAUUCGAGGACAAAGUAGAGAAAUAUAAUGACAGACUCCGAGAUGUAAGAAGAGACAUUGAAACGGUGAUUCUAGAAUUUGAAGAUGUCCGUCCAACGGAGGAAAAUGUUCUACGAGCUAUGAAGUCUGACCUUAUCCACUUUGCUAAUCAGUACAACAGUCUGUCCAAUGAAUAUGUGUCAUACUUAAAAGGAACAAGAACAGCAGCUAGCUUAAGGGAAGAGGCCUCACACAGGCUAGUUGCAUCAUCAGUUCGUGGUAAAGUUGACUACAUGAUAACUGAGAUUGAAAGUAGACUUACGGAUAAUGUGCCAUCCUACACACAAUUUGCAGAAAGUAACGGUCAAACUGAAGGAUUACCACUCCGUGUUAAAGAAGAAGUGGUGAGAAACUUGAGUUAUUCUUCUCUCAACAAAAAAUCAUCUGUAGGAAAGCGUAGGCAUAGCGUCACAUCUCAAGUCCCCUCAACAACUGGCUCAAACCUCAGCACUAUCAUCCAACGCCAAGCAGCUAAAGUGGGCCUGCAAACUGCAAAAUUGGACCUGAAGUUUGCAGAAGAGGAAGCGGAGCUCCUAAGGAAGCAAGCAGCCAUCGAAGCAGAGCGAAAGAUUUUGGAAAGUCGCAAAGCAGUUGCUGUAGCCCAGACUACAUUUGAAGCAUUAGAAACACUCGCUAAUGACACAGAAAAAGGAGAUAUCCUCGAAGAGUGUGCAGAGAAGGAGCAGUGUCAACAAGACACCUUAGAACGGACAAAACAGUACGUACGUAACUUGAAAGAAAAUCAGGAAGACCAGGUUAGCGUUUUGUCCAUAAGAAGCUUCAAGAACUUUUGUAACCCAAAACAUUCCACACCGUGUGAGAAGAAUCAGGAUCUUACAUCCAAUCUGAACCCAUCAGCCAAGCCAUUCUCCCCAUAUGGGUUCGAUCACCUCACGAGGUAUAUUGCCAAAAAGGACCUGAUAUCUUCACGUUUUUAG